CCCGGCCCCCUCCGGCCCCGCCCGCUUGGGCUCAGCGCGGUGAUUCACUCCCUCCUUCGCCCCGGGGGCCCCCUUCCCGGCCAGACGGCGGGCAAGACGGCUGGGUGUGCAGCGUCCUCGAACCCGCGAGCCAGCGAGCCAGCGAGCCAGCAGAUCCUCUGUACCCGCAGGAACUCCAACCCACGCCAUGGCGGAUUCCGAGCGUCUCUCGGCCCCCGGCUGCUGGGCCGCCUGCACCAGCUACUCGCGCACCCGCAAGGGAAUCCUCCUGUUCGCCGAGAUUGUAUUGUGCCUGGUGAUUCUGAUUUGCUUCAGUGCCUCCACAUCAGCGUACUCCUCUCUGUCUGUGAUUGAGAUGAUCCUUGCUGCUGUCUUCUUUGUCAUCUACAUGUGUGGGCUGCACGCCAAGAUACCAUUCAUCAACUGGCCCUGGAGUGAUUUCUUCCGAACUCUCAUAGCAUCGAUCCUCUACCUGAUCACCUCCAUUUUAGUCCUUGUUGACAACAGAAGCCAAUCCAGAAUCGCUGCAGGGGUACUGGGACUGAUAGCUGUGUGCCUCUUUGGCUAUGAUGCCUACUUUACCUUCCCUCUUCGGCAACAAAGACAUACAGCAGCCCCCACUGACCCCACAGAUGGCCCGGUGUAGGAGAACUUCCCUCAUUUCUCUCUGCAAUUUGAAAAUAACUUCUUUUGGAAAACACUUCUUCCCACUCCCACAACAAUCCUCCCAGCCAACCAACUUCUAGCCCCCUGUUGAGGUAACAGUGCCUUUUCUGGGAGAAUUUUGUCUUCCAGACUGCUACUCAAUCAUCCUGGGUAUGGUCACCUUUAUGGGUAUGCCUAGGUCCCCCUCCCUUCUGCAGUAUUCAGUUCUGCCUGGACCACACUCCCACCUAAACCACAAAGUGAGGGAAGUGGGUGCCUAGGAUUUCAGAGUGUACACUCCAUCUGGUGACCCACUCCAAAUAACCUCCUCAUUUUGGGGGAUGG